GUUCCUGAGCAUUUUUCUGCUACUUCGGCCACUUAACUGUGUGUGUGGCGAGCGGUCUCUACGCAGGGGUGUGAUCGAGUCAGCUAGUCCUCAGUUUUAACAGCCGCCAUGUCGACGCUGGCAGCGGCGCGAGCCGACAACUUCUACUACCCGCCGGAAUGGACGCCGGAGCAGGGGUCGCUGAACAAGUUUCAAGGGCAGCAUCCAUUGCGAGAACGAGCCAAGAAGAUGGGCGAUGGCAUUCUCGUCAUCAGGUUCGAGAUGCCGUUCCACGUGUGGUGCGGCGGGUGCAAGAGCAUGAUCGCCAAGGGCGUGCGCUUCAACGCCGAGAAGAAGCACAUCGGCAACUACCUCUCCACCAAGAUAUGGAGCUUCAAGAUGCGGGCGGCGUGCUGCCAGCACGAGAUUGAGAUCCACACCGACCCCAAGAACUGUGACUAUGUCGUGGUGAGUGGGGGCGAGCGCAAGACAGUGGAGUAUGUUGCGGAGGAUGCCGGCACCACAGAGCUGCCGUCCAAAGAGGAACGCGAGCAACUGUUGGACCCGUUGGUGCGCUUGGAGCACGGGGGGCGCGACCGCAAGCGCGCAGCAGCGGCAGCACCCAAUCUCGCUGCAGUCAAAGCUGCGGCUGACACUAAGCACGCCGACCCCUUCCGCCUCAACCGCAUGCUCAGAUCGCAACUCAGGGAGCGCAAGAAGCGCGUGGCGGAGGAGGAGGCGGAGGCCCGCAGCAGGGGGCUGGGCAUCCGCCUGCUGCCGCCCUCACAGGCCGAUGCCGCCGCCGCUGCAGCAGCGCCCUUCGCCCAGCGCUUCAGCCACAACCGGGCUGAGAAGCGCGCUGCCAUCCGCACUGCCUCCAUCUUCACCCCGCCUGCCGCCCCCGCUGCCACUCCUGCUGCUGCUGGCUCUGCUGCUGCUGGGAGCUCAUCGCAUAAGCGGCACAAACGAGAAUGCACGCAACAACUCAUUGUGACACACAGCAGCAGCAGCGGGAGCAGGAGCAAGAGCAGCAGUAGAAGCAGUGGUGCGGAGAGGAAGUCGGAUUUGGCAAGGAGGGCAGAGCUCUUGGCCAAGAAGCGGCGGAUAGACGUGCAGGGAGUGCUGGCGGUGACACGCGGGCAGCUAUGACGGGACUCAUGACUGGCUGGCUGGCAAGGGAUGGGGUCAUGGGGGAAGUGCAGGGCACGCGCAUGGAGGAAGCGCUGCCCAUUUGUACAUAGUUGCAUGCUUGGUCUGCAAGUCACAUGCCCCGUCGUCAUGGAAGAGGAGAGUACAGCACCCACACUGCGAUGAUUCUUAUGCAUCUUGU